GUGCUGCUGGACGCGGGUGUGAUCCCUGGAGCAGACAUGACACCAGAAGCAGCGCUGUCCAAACUUAGCUAUGUCCUGUCCAAGAAUGAGUGGAACCAGGAAAUGAAACUACAGAAAUUGACAGAGAACUUGAGAGGAGAGCUGACGGUGUUGGAGAGGAUGGACUCAAACAGCAAGAAUGACAUGGAUCUCAUCAAUGCCCUGAGCAAGGCCUUAAAGUUCUCGUCAUCCAAAGAAAUUGAAGAGCUGAAGGAGUUUUUGUUUCCCUGUUUGUUGUGCAUGGCCACCAAGGCAGGCGAUGUCAACAGGGUGGACGAACUGCUCAAAAGCGGUGCAGACGCUUCAGCAACAGAUUACGACAGCAGAUCCGCAUUGCACGUGGCCUGCGGCGAGGGCAACCAGGAAAUGGUCCAGUUCCUGCUCCGACACGGCGCCAACGUGCACACCCGGGAUCGCCACGACAGGACGCCACUCAUGGACGCCAUGGAGUUUGGCCAAGUCGACUGCGUCCGCCUGCUGGUGCAGUGCGGCGCUGACGUCACCUUUGCCAACGCGUCGGCACUCGGCGACGACAUCACCAGAUCUGCUGCAGCAGGCAACGUGCAGAGCCUGAGGGCAUACAAGGAAGGCGGCUUCAGUUUGCUGACCACGAAUUCUUCCGGAAGUACGCCACUUCACGCAGCAGUGGCUUCCAGACAGCCAGAAUCCCUGGAAUACAUUCUGCUUGCUGAACCCGGGUCUUUCCAAGUGACCGACCAUCUGAACCAAACAGCAGAGGAAUUGACUCGCCAAUUGAACCAUCUGGAAAUGCUUGACAUUUUCGUCAGGAUUAGGAAUUUUCUAGCAAAUGAGGGGAAUAAUGAGAAAUAAAUGAAGAAAUCGAAGCCUA